GCGAUUUUAAUUUGUUAUUUGCGCAUGCGUAAUGGAAACGUCAGAUUUGAAAUGUUUUGUAUUAGUAUGUAGUAAGUUUUUUUCGUAUUAUUCACAUUUGGUUUACGUAAAUUUCUAAACAGGUUUAUUUUUUAUGUAUUUGAUAUUAUAAAUAUUAUGGAUACGUGCAGUUCGAACGCGUCUUCAGUAACUUCUUUAGAUUUAGAAUCGGAACAUGAAGAUGUGCCUGAAAAACCCUUAUCGCCCGUUUUAAGUAAAAGUAAAACUAAAAACAGACGGUUUGUUCGUAAACAAUCAAGUAAACAGCCGUUUAAGACGAAUCUAGAUGUGAAAUUUAGGGAUGGAGGUGAUACACCAUAUCCAAAUGCUUCAAUUAAACAAUUUAGAAUAGAGGAAAUGAAUGAACAACAAAGGAAACAAUAUUACAAUAUGUUGUGUGAUAAAAAUGUUUACCGAGAAAAUGUAAAUGAAAUAAGGGACGAGGAUUCUUGUAGACAAAUAUUUCCUGUGAGAGAAAAGAUCGUUAAGCAAACACAUAAUGAAAGUAGGGAAACGGUGAUUAAUUACAGAGAAAAUUCUAAAAGUGUUAAAUUUUGUACUGCUAGUGGAAAAGGAAUUAAUAUUUCAGAUGAAUCUUUACAAAAAGGGAGUGAAAUUUUCGAGGAUAUCUUAGGUGCAGAAAAUGAAGGUUAUCAUGUAUUAAAAAAUCCUACAUCUACUAAAAACAAUCUUUCAAAAAUUCCAAUACUAAAUCAACAACAAACCAAGAAUGUUAUAAAAAUGAAAACAACGAGAAGUACUUUCGAGGAAAUUCAAGUCGAUUGUUACGAAGAUAUUCCAAACGAGAGUGAUAAUUAUUCAACAAUAUCUGAAAGUGAGGACACAACUUCAUCGGAAAUACACACAGAUCAAGAUUUAAAUAAAAUCUUUAGUAAUAAAAUGUUUGGUAAACAAUCGACAUCUUCAAGCCCAGAUGACGAGUUUAUCAAAUUCGAUUCUAAUGAAGAAAAACUUAUUAAAAAACUUUCAAGUUUAUCAUCGAAAAAAUCACAACUAAAACAAGAAGAUACAAUACCUGUAUCACUUGGUCCCGGUGAUAAAGUCAAUAUCGAUGCUGCAACAUCAAAAAAUUGUGUAAUCGUUACAAUGAAACCAACGAGUAUUGUUGAGUUACAUCGGAACACUAAUUUUAAUCCAUCAAAUGACUCAGUUGAUAGUUAUAUUGCAUCGAGGAAAAAUUCAAAAAGUAAAAAACAUUCAGAUAACUUUUUGGGCUUUAAUCAAAACGAUCAAGAAGAAUCUAAUAAAGCUUACAUAAAACUAACGGAAGCUAUUCAAAAAGCUGAAGAACAACUUAAAGUAGAUAAAAAGAGAAAUGAAAAAAAAUUAAAGAAUAUUAAUGAAGUUAAAUACGAUGACUUUGUAAGAUCACAAAAAAAAGACAACAAAGUUAAAAAUGAUAAAUUAAAAAAUGAUUCUACUUCGAAUCAAAAAGAAACUGAAUCUAAACCAAAAAAUAUGAAUCUACAUCUUUCACCAAACAGAAAAGAUAACGAUGAUAAAAAAUCUGUGUGUUCGGGAAGUAAUAAAAAACGAAAAGGACCAAAUGAAUCCAUCCCCGUUAAAAAUGAACUAAAAAAUGGCAAUCAAACCAUAGAAUUAGCACCAAAUCAAAAGAAAUUUAAAAUUGAAAUCGAUUGCAACAGCAAAUUCCGUAUUAAUAUAAGUUGUAACGGCGAUUCCGAAACGCCCCCAAACACAAAUGAUUCAUCCAAACCUAAUUCCCCUAAAAGUAUCUCUCAAGAACAUGAACCCAAAGGAAAAUUAAUUAAAAAAUUUAUAAAUAAAGCACAAAAACUGUAUAGGGAUAUUCGAAAAUCCGAUAUGAAUUUAGCCGAAAAAAAAGAUGAUGCGGAAGUGUUUAAAUGUCCUCUACCUCCUAGUAGGGGAAAAAGUAAAAAAUAUGGUGAUGAUGUACAUAGUGAGAAUCAAGAGGGUUUUCAUUUUUCCAUGGAGCCAAUACAAUUUGAUGGGUUUAAAACUGCUGGAGGGAAAGAUAUAAAAUGUUCUGAAAAGGCAUUAAAUAAUGCUAAAGAAAUGUAUGAGAAAACGUAUCAAGAUUCGAAUGUUGUUGAGAAUAAAAUAAAUAAUAAUCAAGAAUCUACGAAUUUUGGUGGAUUUAAAACGGCCGGGGGAAAACUGAUACAUUUUUCUGAAAAAGCUUUGAAGAAAGCUAAACAAAUGUAUGAAGGAACACAUGAAACACAUCUGGAAAAUAAAACAAAUGAAUCUUUACAACCUCCUAAAGAUUUUGUUGAUUUUGGUGGAUUCAAAAGUGCUGGAGAGAAAGAUAUAAAAUUUUCUGAGAAAGUUUUAAAAAGAGGUAAAGAAAUACAUGAUGAAACAUAUGAAAAUAUAAAUGUUGCUGAAAAUAAAGUUUGUAAUCAAGAAUCUUUCCAAAAAGAAUCGAUAAAUAAGGGUGGAUUUAAAACAGCUGGAGGGAAAGCAAUGAAUAUAUCUGAAAAAGCGAUGAAGAAAGCUAAGGAAAUGUAUGACGGAGCCGCUCAAGACCUUAAAAAUAAAACGGAUAGACAGGAAUCGUUUCAAUAUCCAAACGAAUCUGUAAAUUGUGGCGAAUUUAAAAAUCCACAAUCUAUUACCUUUGCUGGAUUUCAAACAGCUGGUGGGAGAAAUAUUAAGUUUUCAGAAAAAGCCUUGAAAAAAGCUAAACAAAUAUAUGAUAGUACAGACCAAGAAACCGAAGAGAACGUUAAAUGUUUUGGGAAAGUAAAAAAUAAAAAGCAGAAUGAAUCAGAAAAUAUUCAAACUGCAAAACAAUCCGGUGGAUUUAAAACUGCUGGCGGAAAAGAUAUCAAAUUCUCUGAGAAAGCAUUACAAAAAGCAAAAGGAAUGUAUAAUGAUACAUUUGAAGGCGAUGAUAUUGCUGAGGUGCCACAAAAAGAAAUAGAUUUAAGAUUUAAAACUGCAAAUGGUAAACAAACACAAAUUUCCGAAAAAACUUUGAAUACAUCUAAAAAAUGUUUUGAAAACAUUGAUAAUUUAUAUUCAAAUAAUAUAAAUAAUAACCACUUAGAGAAAGAUGUAAAUUCAUCAAAAAAUACAGUAAAUAAAUCUCAACAAUUAUAUGACAUACUAGUUAUAGAAAAAACAAAUAUUGAAGAUGUACAAGAUAGACCCAUAUUUGAUAUGAGAAAUUGUGGAUUCUUAUGCGCUUCAGGUAAAGUUAUUAAUGUAUCAGAAAAAGCUAUGGGUAACGCUAAAAAACUGUUUGAAAGCAUAGAAACCGACCAAAAUGAGUCGAUUGUAUCAAAACAAGAAUGUAGCCAACAAUUACAACCAACAGUUAAUGUUUCCACAAACUCCUUAAAUCCUCAAAAUUCUCCAAAAACAACAACAAUGUUUGGCGAUUUAUCUUUUCAAGCUGGUGAUUUUGUUAAAAACGAGACAAUUCAAGAAACAGAAAGUUUAACCGCUGCUCAAAUAUGUCAUCGUAAUUCUGAUAAUCAUAAUUUUUGUAUGGGCGAUUUCGUCCCAAGUUCAGAAAAUACAACAAUCGAUAAAAUACAUCCAUCAGAAGAAAUCGACGUGAUAAAACGUAAUUCUAGCUCGAACGUUUCUACAACACACUCGACUCAAUCAAAAAAGACUUUUCAAUUAUUAGAGGAUGUUUACGCAACUGUAAAUAAUGCCAUACAAACGAUUGAUAAUAAAAAUAAAAAACCUCGCUUUUCCGUUUCUCGAAAACGAUUUGGGAUGUCUCGAUUUAAUCAAAUAAAUAUUCCCAAUGAAAAAAUAGAACGCGCAAAGCUAUUGUUUCAAGACGAUUUAAAGAUGAGCGUUAAAGAUUUAAAAGAAAGUAUAAGGGAAGCUAAAUCAUCACAACGUACUUCUUUGAUGUCGCCAUCGUCACAGUCGCCUACAAUUUCAAAUCAUCAUAUUUCAUCAUUUUCGAUGAAACCACAAAAUUCUUCAGAAAAUGUAACACCAUCUGUUUUACUUUGCGAAGAAAUGAAAGGUGGGAUUGACGAUUGGUUUAGUUUAAUUGAUAAUAAAAUUGAAUGGAUGAAAAUUCAACUUAAUGAGUUGGAAGAAAAGAAGACUUAUUUAAAUUUUCAGAAAGAAUCGCUGGAAAAGCAUAGCAUGGAAAAUAUUAGCCCACAACCUGGAAUAUUAAUCAGAAACAAAGAACAUAUAAAACUCCAACUAAAAGAUCUAAAACCAAAUUCGUCAUCCCCCAACAACAUUCCUGAAUUAAUCUUAGCAAUAACACCACAGAACGCAGGAAGUAUUCAUUUUACAUUUACAAGAUCUUCUGAAAAUUCUGCAAUGAACGUUUAUACAACGUUAGACGGCGCAUUAAUUGUACCAAACGUCCAUAACAUCAUCGGUUUUCCAGAAAUUGAAAUAGCUUUUAAAACUAUGAGUGGUGUUGAUCCUAAAUUAAUUCCAAACGGUUGGAUUGCAAAUCAUUACAAAUGGAUAAUUUGGAAACUAGCAAGUUACGAAAGAUUUUUAAGUACUCAUUUGGGUGGGAGCUUAAAUGUUGAAAAUGUUGUACAACAAUUGAAGUAUAGAUAUGAUAGGGAAAUUGACAAAGCUGAAAGACCUGCUUUAAGAAGGAUUUUAGAAAAAGAUGAUGUUUCCCAAAAAAGAAUCGUUUGGUGUGUAUCUAGUGUAGAAAAUAUAAAUAAUAAUAAAAUUGAAUUAACCGAUGGUUGGUAUAGUAUACCCGCCUUAAUCGAUAGAGCGUUAAAUUUUGAAGUUGGAAAGGGAAAAAUUAAGGUUGGUACAAAAAUUGUUACGACUGGGGUUACGUUAUUAAAUUGCGAGGGAUGUCAUCCACUUGAGGUCCCAGCGAAUGUGAAAUUAAGGAUUUGUUACAACUCGACAAGAAAAGCACCUUGGUAUUCAAAAUUAGGAUAUCAGAAAUGUCCAAAACCAUUUUUGAUACCAUUGCAAUCAAUUAAACCGGAUGGUGGGAUGAUUGGUGGUGUUAAAAUUCAAAUCAUCAGGAUUUAUCCUUUGAGAUUUAUGGAAAAGAUUAAUGAUUCUAAAAUAUGGAGAAAUUUUAAAGCCGAACAGAAACGUAUUCGAGAAUUUGAAAACGAUAGAUUAACAAAAAUGGAAAAGGUUCAUUAUGAAGUUCAGAAAACACAUGAGUUUGAAAAAAUGCAAGAAAGAAAAAAAAAUUGUUUGCAACCUUCAAAAAUAAGUAAAGGUGAAUUAUUAAAAAUAACUUGCCCUAAAACUUUAUUAGCACUUCUUGAAUCAGCAAAUGAUCCGGAUGAGUUUUUGGAAUAUUUGUCGCCAUCACAAAGAGCAAACAUUUUAGAUUACAGACAAACGGUUUGUAUGCAAACCCAACAACAAUUAUCAAAGAAAAUAGCAGAAGAAAUGGAAAAACUAAAGUUAACAAAAAGAAAUGUUGUGGCAAUUUUAAAGUUAUUAGUCUUAGAUGCUACUUGUGGAUCAAAUAAACCAUAUCAAUUUUGUUUGUGGAAUCCAACCGAAGAUGACUUAGGUUUAUUAAAAGAAUGCAGAGUCUAUUAUGUUUACAAUAUUUUGCCGAGAUAUAAUGGCGAAUUAUUUUCUACAAAAACCACGUUUUUUAAAUUAGAUAAAGAAGUUUCGCGUAACAAAUUCAAACGACAAGCAUAUCCAAUUGAGUUGCUAUUGGAUAAGCAUUGUAAACCACCGCUGGAAGAAUUUGAUACGGUUGGCGUGGUUGUUUAUUUAAUUGUAACAGAUUCGGAUCAAAGUUUUUGGUUGGCGGAUUUUUUGGGAAAUAUAAUGUUUGUUAGAGUAAGAGAUGGACCAAAAUUAUGCCGUUUACUAGACGAUAUUUCAAAAGGAGAUGUUGUUUCUGUACAAAAUCUUCUUUACAAUCCACCGCAGGGUGAUUUUGCAUUCGCCAUUGCAAAUCAAUUUACUAUUGUUAAUAAAAAUACUCACAAUUAUUUACAGGAAUAUAUGGAUAAAUUUAAAUUCCAAUUACCAGAUAAUUUGAACAAAUUUCUUGGUGAAUGUACUGCAAAAAUUGAGAAAAGUUCUAUGAAAGUAACCAAGUUAUCAAAAGAAACAAGCGACGUUCCAGUUUUACAAUGCGGUUUAACGAACGUGGUGGAUGAUAGUUCUGAAGAAAGUUUUUUAAUAUCUCAGGGACCAACACCUACAGAUAUCGCUAUGGCUCAUGUAAAUAUGGAUCAAUUCAUUUAACUUUCUCUUAAAAAAUUGAGUUUUAUGUUACUGUGAUAUAUGAAUAAAAAUUUUUAAUUUAGCGAAUAUUAAUUCAUUUAAAUUUCAAUUAAUAGUUGUAAUAAUGUGGUUUAAGAAUGUAUAAAUUAUUUAUGAUUAAUUUAAGAAUAAAUUGUUUCAUUAUUUUU